GCCGCCAAGCCUGGCAGUGCCGGGGCGUCACUGCGCGAAGCUGCCAUGCGAGUCCUGCAGCUCUGCCAGAAGGGCGAGUGGCCGCCCAUGGACCAAGUGCUCAAGGGGUUGGAGAAGACCGUGGCUGCGGGGGGCGAGGAUAUCAACACCUCGCCUCUGGCCGGCAUCAUAGAUGUGGCCACUGGGAUGACCCCGCUCAUGUUCGCCGUCAAGGAGAACCGAACCUCUUUCGUGGAUCGCAUGAUAGACCUGGGCUGUGACGUCACCGCCAGAAACAAUGACAACUUCAACGCUCUUCACAUCGCAGCCAUGUUCUCCAGGGAGGACGUGGUCAAGCUGCUGCUGGCCAAGAAAGGGGUGGACGUCUACGCUCCAGGAGGGGCUAGACAGCAGACUGCAGUACAUCUGGUAGCCAGUAGACAGACGGGCACAGCUACCUCCAUCCUCAGAGUACUUCUGGCGGCCGGGGGUAAGGAGAUAAGGAUUCGACCGGAUGGGAAGGGGAAAAUUCCACUGCUGUUGGCUGUCGAAGCGGGGAACCAAUCCAUGUGCCGGGAGCUCCUGAGUCAGCAGACAGCUGAUCAACUCAAGGCCACCACUGACAACGGGGACACCGCCCUUCACCUCGCAGCCAGGCGCAGGGACGUGGAUAUGGUGCGCAUCCUUGUUGAUUACGGCGCAAACGUCGACUCGCAGAAUUCUGAAGGCCAGACCGCCCUCCACAUCGCUUCCGCCGAAGGGGAUGAAACCCUCGUCAAGUACUUUUAUGGGGUCCGAGCCAGUGCUUCCAUUAUUGAUAAUCAAGAUCGGACACCCAUGCACCUCGCGGCGGAGAAUGGCCACGCUUCCAUCAUCGAGCUGCUUGCGGACAAGUUCAAGGCCUCUAUCUUCGAGCGUACCAAGGACGGCAGUACGCUCAUGCACAUUGCGUCCCUUAACGGUCACGCAGAUUGUGCCAUGAUGCUCUUCAAGAAAGGUGUCUAUCUGCAUAUGCCCAACAAGAAUGGUGCAAGGAGCAUCCACACGGCGGCCAGGUAUGGACAUGUCGGCAUUAUCAACACUCUGUUACAGAAGGGCGAGAAGGUCGACGUCACGACCAGCGAUAACUACACUCCCCUGCACAUAGCGGUAGAGUCUUGUAAACCGGCGGUGGUGGAAACUCUUCUGGGCUACGGAGCGGAUGUCCAUGUCAGAGGAGGCAAGAACAAAGAAACGCCACUGCACAUAGCAGCGAGGGUGAAGGACGGAGAGAAGUGUGCGCUGAUGCUGCUGAAGUCUGGAGCGGGCCCGAACCUGACUACGGAUGACAAGCAGACGCCUGUACACGUGGCUGCUAGCAACGGUAACCUGGCAACACUGCUGCUGCUGCUGGAAGAUGGUGGUGACCCCAUGUUCCAGUCUAAGAAAGGGGAGACGCCGCUACAUCUGGCAUGUGCCAACUGCCAUGCAGACGAAGUGCGGCACCUCCUGUCCUUCGUCAAGUCUCACCAUGGUCCCGAGAUGAGCUCUCAGUUCGUCAACUCAGUGAACGAGGACGGGGCGACAGCUCUGCACUACGCGGGCCAGAUCACGAAGACCGAGAUAGCGCUUAGAGACAACCCCACAGAGGACAAGGAGGUCGUGAGGCUUCUGUUGGAGGCUCAAGCUGACGUUAACAUACAAACGCAUAAGAUGAUGGAGUCGGUGUUCCAUUACAUCGCAGUGACGGGGAAUAACGAUACACUGCUGGAGAUGCUCGCCCAUAUGAACGCGACCGAAGCGCAGAAGGCGCUGAACCGCCAGAACGCGGUGGGCUGGACACCUCUGCUCAUCGCUUGCCACCAAGGGCACAUGGAGAUGGUCACAACCCUCCUGGCCAAUCACGCCAGGGUGGAUGUCUUUGACAACGAGGGCAGAUCUGCUCUGCAUCUUGCUGCUGAUCAGGGAUACCUUCAGGUGUGUGAUGCCUUAUUGACGAACAAAGCUUUUAUUAACAGCAAGUCGAGGGUUGGUAAGACAGCGUUACAUCUGGCGGCUACCAAAGGAUUUGCAAAUCUUUGCAAGUUCCUUAUCCAAGACCACAACGCCACCAUCGAUGUGCUGACCCUGAGGAAGCAGACUCCUCUGCACCUCGCGGCGGCAGCAGGCCAGCUGGAGGUUUGUCGUCUGCUGCUGGAGCUGGGGGCCAGCAUAGACGCCACGGAUGACCAGGGACAGAAGCCCAUACAUGCGGCUGCUGCGCAGAACAAUUUCCCGGAAGUCGCUCAACUCUUCCUGCAACAACACCCCAGUUUGGUGAUGGCUUGCACCAAGGACGGCAACACGUGUGCACACAUAGCAGCGAUGCAAGGCUCGGUGAGGGUGAUCGAGGAGCUGAUGAAGUUUGACCGCACGGGAGUGAUCUCAGCCCGAAACAGGGUGACAGAGGCCACCCCACUCCAGCUGGCCGCGGAGGGUGGACAUGCAGACGUGGUCAAGGUCUUGGUUCGGGCAGGUGCCUCGUGCACUGAUGAGAACAAGGCUGGGUUCACAGCCGUCCAUCUCGCAGCCCAAAACGGCCACGGGCAGGUGUUGGAGGUCAUGAAGUCUUCCCAGUCCCUUAGGGUGUCCAGCAAGAAGUUGGGAGUCACAGCUCUGCAUGUCGCUGCAUACUUUGGUCAAGCUGACACAGUGCGGGAACUGCUGGCCAGUGUCCCGGCCACUGUCAAGUCUGACCCACCGACAGGAGCCAGCCUGGUGGGAGAGCUGGGUAACGAGUCCGGCAUGACAUCUCUGCACUUUGCCGCUUACUCGGGGAACGAGAACGUGGUGCGGUUACUGCUUAACUCCGUUGGAGUUCAGGUCGACGCUGCGACUUCAGAGAAUGGUUAUAACCCACUUCACCUGGCGUGUUUCGGUGGACACAUCACUGUAGUGGGCCUGCUGCUGAGUAGAUCAGCUGACCUGCUCCACAGUCCUGACCGUCACGGGAAGACUGGACUACACAUCGCUGCCACCCACGGUCACUAUCAGAUGGUUGAGGUGCUGCUUGGGCAAGGCGCAGAGAUCAAUGCCACUGACAAGAAUGGCUGGACUCCUCUGCAUUGCGCCGCGAGGGCUGGCUGUUUCGAUGUAGUGCGUCUUCUCGUGGAGUCUGGUGCCUCUCCCAAGUCUGAAACCAACUACGGAUCAGCGCCCAUCUGGUUUGCGGCUCAGGAAGGCCACAAUGAUGUCCUUGAGUAUCUCCUGACCAAAGAGCAUGACACGUAUAACCUCAUGGAAGAUCGGAGGUUUGUCUACAACCUGAUGGUCUGCAGCAAGAAAAACAAUGACAAGCCAAUGCAAGAGUUCAUUCUUGUUUCACCAGCUCCAGUCGAUACAGCCGCCAAGCUCUCUAGUAUUUACAUGAAUCUGUCUAACAAGGAGAAAGAGAGAGCGAAAGACUUGAUAUCGGCAGGUCAGUUCUGUGAAGGAAUGGCGACUGAACUGCUAGCACUGGCAGCAGGAGUAGACUCCGCAGGUAGGAUUCUGACGGCGACAGACCGACGGAAUAUGGAGUUCCUCGACGUACUCAUAGAGAAUGAGCAAAAAGAAGUGAUUGCUCACACUGUGGUACAACGAUACCUACAGGAACUGUGGCAAGGCAGCCUGGGUUGGGCAGCAUGGAAGACCAUGCUGUUAUUCAUCACCUUCAUCAUAUGUCCUCCGGUCUGGAUCUACUUCACGCUCUCUCUCGGCCACAAGUACAACAAGAUCCCCAUCAUCAAGUUCAUGUCGUACUUGACGUCCCAUGUGCACCUCAUGAUCCUGCUGAUGUUGGUGGGCAUCACGCCGAUCUACCAGGUGGUACGACCCACCCUCAACCCGUACUGGUACGAGUGGACUCUCCUGGUUUGGCUCUCCGGACUGCUGCUGUCCGAACUGACAAACCCGAGUGAUAAGAGUGGCCUCGGCUGGAUUAAACUGACAGUGUUACUUUUCGGAAUAUUCGGAGUGGCUUUGCACUUACUGGGUUACCUAAUAGAAAGGCUAUACUGGCCCACGCUGAUGUACCUCAGGAACCAAUUGUUUGCCGUUUCGUUUCUACUCGCUUGUGUACAGAUUCUAGACUUCUUAUCGUUCCACUAUCUGUUCGGACCCUGGGCCAUCAUCAUCGGUAAUCUGAUGAAGGACCUGGCCCGGUUUCUGGCUGUGCUCGGGAUAUUUAUUUUCGGUUUCGCGAUGCACAUUGUCGCCCUCAACCAACCCUUCAAGAACCAAACGCCGGAAGAGAUUCGGGCGGGGCAACACAACCAUAAGUACGUCCCUCCCACUUAUGGGAUCUUCGCUGAGGUAAGGUUAAACCCAAUGUCAGCACUGGAGUUCUUGUUCUUCGCGGUUUUUGGCCAGACAACCCCGGACAACCUCAAGGUCAAGGACACCUCACAGCCUGAGUGGACUCUGUACCUUUUCAAGUUUGUGUUCGGGAUCUACAUGUUGGUCUCGGUGGUAGUGCUCAUCAACCUGCUCAUCGCUAUGAUGAGCGAUACCUAUCAGAGGAUACAGGCCCAGUCAGACAUUGAGUGGAAGUAUGGUCUGGCAAAGCUGAUCAGAAACAUGCACAGGACCACUACCACACCUUCCCCCAUCAACCUCAUCACCACAUGGCUCAUGUACCUGCUCAGGAUAUGUAAACACAAGAUGAUGCAGAGGAAGAGGCCAAGUCUGGUACAGAUGAUGGGGCUGCAGUCACGGUCAAGGGUCAGUGCUCGCACCAAGAUGGGGGCAAAGUGGCUGGCAAAGGUCAAAAAGGGCCAAGUUGCUCCUAAAGAAUCGGUGGCACUGAGUGUGGUGCACCUGAGUCCUCUCGGCUCGCAACUGAGCUUCAGCAAUUCAGCAACUCGCAUUGAGAACAUCACAGACUGGGAGGUGAUCGCUAACAAGUACCGAGCUCUCAUCGGGGACCUGAACGAAUCCAACCAGACUUCGGGAGACAACGGGGACCAGGCCACGACGUCAGCCGACUCCACCUCUCCCCCACCACCCGCUCAGAGCUGAGCUAUGAACAAUCAAACUGUACCCUAGCAAUAAUGUUACUGUUUAGUGUGUUUUGUACUGUCUGUAGAAUUUUAUAAAACGCUGUUUUACAUGUGCCACUUUUAGAAACUGAAACUCUUCUUUUGUACUGAGCAAACACUACGAAGCAUUUAAAUUUUCUUAUCUGGUUGGAAUAUUGAAAUAAACAUUAAUCUUUUCAUGAUAUUCAAUUUU